CUCGGUGAGUUGGUAUGUCUCUGAAUUCUGUAGGGUAGGUCAAAACCAAGUCGGAAGGUAGGUGUUGUUGCAAAGCAAUUGGUUAAACGUUGUAUCAGGUUUGUUAUUUCGUCGAUAACGUGGAAAUUUGUAAUCAUUUAAUUCCAUUGCAUAAUUCGUUGAAAUAUGGCGGAUCCUAGAGUAAAAGUUAUUAAAAUCAAGACAGGUGUCGUGAAACGUCUGACGAAGGAAAAGGUGGUAUAUGAACAAGAAGCAGAGAAACAAAAAGAGAGAGUCCAGAAACUGAAAGAAGAAGAAAAAGAUGAACAUAUUAUACGGAAACAAGAAGAAGUAUUGCAGGAGUCUAUGAUGAUGGUUCCAGAUUGCCAGCGACGCUUAUGGAAGGCUUAUGAGGAACUCAAGGGAAUAAUUGACAAUGAAUCAGACAUGGCUGAAAAUGAAGAUUAUAUGGCAGCUGUUAAGGCUUUGGAAGAUGCGAAACCUCAGCUACCAACAAUAAUGGCAAACAUGUCUUAAAACUUUAUUGAACUAAUUGUAUUCUAAAAGACAGUUUUAAUGACAUUCCGUGCUUCAUAUUAAAAGUGACAGCACUAAUAAUUUGCAUUUAACAUAAGUUUAAUAUUUUGUGUACUUUGAAGGACUAAAAGGAAAAGGUAUAGGUAUCAAGACUGACAGUGCAAAAAAUGGCAAACAACCUAGCAUCUCCGUCACAGUGCAUUACAGAUAGUGACAAAUUUGCGUUGUGGCAUCCUCCCCCACAUGGAGUAACUCCUCCAGCUUCAGUGCCAUCCUGCUUCAAUGUACCACCUCCCCCUUUUUCACAGCCUCCUCCAACAUCCAUACACAGGCUACCACCACCACCACCUCCUCCUCCUCCUCCACCCCCUCCCCCACCUGCUAUUCCUCCUCCUCCUCUUCAAUUCUGCACAUAUCCCCCUUUUGUUGCUCCUGCACAGCAAAUUUUCAACUUGCCAAAUAAUGGAAACAACACUGCUCACAUCCACACAGUCCAGGAUACUCAGCAGAGUUCGUGUUUCCAAGUUCAAACUUCAUCUUGGAUUUCUUCUCAGGAUAAUUUAGGUGUGCAGUUUGAUGAUGAAA